CAACCACGUUCAACCGCAUCAGCAGAGAGAGUCAGCUGAAACUCUCAGCCCAUUGCAAGGACGACAGAGAGCCCCCUUGUCCAACUCACCUCAGACAAUACUAGCAGGCAACUGGGGGCCAAAAAGGGACAGAGAUCCAAAGAGGUUGCAGAGAUAUCAAGCAGCACAGCCUUGCGCCAACUCCCCUCCUCCUACCUCAUACACCAUGCUGAUCGGCAUCUGCGGCUCCAUCUGCUCGGGCAAACACACUACGGCCGAGUACUUGGUCCAGCACCACGGUUUUCUUCGCCUGCAUCUCCCCACACCGCAGCAAUUCCAACCAUCGCCGUGGCCGUGGACCUCGCCAUCACCGGCACCCUCACCAUCACAAGAUCUCUCUUCCGACUCCCUUCGCCUUCUGCCCAGCGUUACCGACCAGGUCGGCACGCGGGGCCUCUCUUUCCCGGACGUUGAAUCUCUCCUGGACUUCGUCACCAAGCGAUGGCGGGAGCAUUGGGUUCUCACGGACAUCUACGAUGAAGCCACGCUGGAGAUCCUGCUGAGGCGGCCUUUCUUCAUGUUGCUGAACGUGGAUGCACCGCUGGGAACGAGGUUUGAGCGUUUCAAUGAGCGAUGUCUGAUACGCAAACUCUCACCAAUGUCCCUAACGGACUUCAUCUUCUACAAUGACAUCAAACUGUACGGAUCUCGUGCCCGGACAGACGCCUACUCCUUCACCGACACUAGCUCCCACACCUCUGCGCCCUCAACAUCGACGACGACCACAGAUGCCGUCGACGACGAUGGCCAAACCCAGAACCAUUCGGUAUCACAGACAGCACUGCUUCCGCUCUUGUCCCACGCGCACCUGUCCAUCCUCAACUCCUUUCCCAGUAUCUCCACAUACCACACGUUCCUCUCGACGCUGGACCUCCCAUCACCGCUCCGCCUGCGGCCGACGUGGGACGCGUACUUCAUGACGCUGGCCUCGCUGGCGGCGCACCGGUCGAACUGCAUGAAGCGGCGGGUGGGGUGCGUGCUGGUGCACAACGCCCGGAUCAUCAGCACGGGGUACAACGGCACGCCGCGGGGGCUGGUCAACUGCAACGAAGGGGGCUGCGCGCGGUGCAACGGGUCCGGCAACGCGGGCGGCGUGGCGCUCAACACGUGCCUGUGCCUGCACGCCGAGGAGAACGCGCUGCUCGAGGCCGGCCGCGAGCGCAUCCGCGACGGCGCCGUCCUGUACUGCGACACGUGCCCCUGCCUGACCUGCUCCGUCAAGAUCGCCCAGGUCGGCGUCAAGGAGGUCGUCUACAGCCAGAGCUACAACAUGGACGAGGCCAGCCGGAAGGUCUUGCGCGACGCCGGCGUCGUGCUCAGGCAGUUCGUGCCCAAGCGGAGCGGGCUCGUCGGCUUUGAUCUCGCGGGUAUGGACGGAUGGGUGGAUGAUCUCAAUGGGGGCGAAGCGAGGCAAGGAAAGCAGAUGAUUGUCUUGAAUGGGAAAAUGUCGUGACAUGACCAGCCAGCCAAAAGGAAGAGUGUGCACAUUAUAUUAUAUCCAACUAGAAUCAACAACAAUGGGUAUCAAAUUAUUACCUACUGAGAAGGGGCCGCACAAGAUCAAAAACCAAC